AUAGAUAAGAGUGGAAAAAGCUUAUCUGUCUCUCUUCUUGUCGCUCUGCAUCAGCGAGAUGAUGAGGUCACUGAGGAGUACGGGACGGCGCCUGAAAAAGCCAGCGAUGAAAACGGGAAUUUGCUCAGAGUCAUCGGAAUCAGGUUCUUCUUCGUCUGUCAUGAUGGAUUUCAAAUAUAUAUGUGGUAGAUGUUCUUCUUCUCUUUGCUCUCAAAACCCUCUGUUUUGCUCUCAAAACCCUCUGUUUUGCUCUCAAAACCCUCUGUUUUGCUCUCAAAACCCUCUGUUUUGCUCUCCUAAAAACCCUCUGUUUUUCUCUCCUAAAAACGUCAAUGGCAUCAAUGGCCUCUUCUAUUUUGUUCUCCUCUAACCCAAAAGCAGUUGCCUUGUUCUCCUCUAAACCAAAACCGUUUGUUUUGUUCUCCUCUAAACCAAAACAAAUUGCUAUGUUCUCUUCAAAGCCAAAACCCAAACCACUUGCUUUGUUCUCCUCUCCUUUGUUCUCCAGACCAAAAAAAGCCUCAUCUUUGUUCUCCUCAGAGCCAAAGGCAUCUGAUCUACUCAGCUCACCACAACCAGGCUUCUCCUUUGACACAUUUGUGGAUGCUUUGCUCACAAAAGUCUACAUGCCUACUCACAUGGUCAAGUAUAAGCAUUGGGUUAACUUGGCUGCCCAAUGCUUGAUGGAUCUUGGAGUUUCUUGUGAAGCAGACUUGAGUGAAGAGAGGAUGGAGAACAAAAGCUGUGUCUUCUCUCUUACCAACCAAUCAGCUCAACUCUACUUCUUAGAGAAAGAUUUAGUCUACAUGGAAGGUCAAGAGUUGGUAGAGGAGGUGGCUUACUUCCAUCUGGGGGAGAAGAAAGAUGAGAAGAAUGAGGAAAACAAAUGGGAGACAUUGGUUCACCAUGGUGUCAUCCUGCCUCCUCUUUACAAGAAGCACAAUGUUCCUCUUCUCUAUGGAGGUGACUCAGUUGUGCUUAGCUUGGAGCAAGAAGAAGUGGCAACCCUGUAUGCUUCUAUGUUGAAGACACAUCCUCACAUGGUUGAGAAACAACCCUUCAAAGACAACUUCUGGAGAGAUUGGGGAGCCUUACUGGAAGGAAGUGUGGUGAAGGAUCUCAAGCUCUGCGAUUUCAAGCUAAUCACUACCUGGAUCGAAGCGGAAAAGAAAAAGAAGAUGGGAAACCGCGGCCACGCUCUUAAAGAGCUUGAGGAUAAAUGCAGUUGGGCUUUGGUUGAUGGUGUCCAAGUCAGGACUCUUAACUUUAAGAUUGAGCCUCCCAGUCUCUUCAUUGGACGUGGUGAUCAACACCCAAAGAUGGGUUCAGUUCAGAGGAGGAUAUGCCCCUCUGACAUCACCAUCAACAUUAGCAAGUAUGUUCCAGUUCCUCAUUGUCGAACUCGAAUCCCUGGAGGCACUUGGAAAAAAGUUGAACAUAAGGAGAAAUUUGCUUGGCUAGCUUCAUGGGAAGAUCCCAUCAGACCAAGGAAGCUCAAGUACACAACCUGGGAAGCUAGUAGCAAUGGUGAGAACUGAGAAGGAGCACCAGACCAAUGAAUAAUGAUAUUUAGCUUGUCUUUUUGCAUCUUUUGUCCCCUGAUAUGGGAAAUAAGUACUCUCUGAAUCAUAUGUAGCAAUGGUGAGAACUGAGAAGGAGCCCUAGACCAAUGAAUAAUGAUAUUUAGCUUGUAUUUUUGCAUCUUUUGUCCCCUGAUAUGGGAAAUAAGUACUCUCUGAAUCAUAUGAUGACUUUUGGUUUUGCAA